CACCGUUAAACUUCAUGCUCAAUAAAGUACAUGCACAAGUACAGCGAGGAUGUAUCACAUUGUAGUACCAUUAUUCGUGCAUCAUGCAUCGUUCCCGCUGUGUGAAGCCUUGCCCAUCUGGUGUCAGUCCCAUGCGAAACCCUACCUAUGCUUCGUCAACGCCGCGUCAAGCCUCCCGAGUUCUUGGUCGUCUGCACGAGACAAACAAAGGAGAUUAAAGUCAAUAGUGCGUCCAAGACAUCGGGUUAGCUCCUUCUUCACCACAGUUGGUCUAUGCUUGAUGCCACGAGUUGCGUGUAACGACAGAAAGAUGGGUGCAAACGAGUUGUCUCUAAUUAGAGUCGGUUAUCUAUAAUAAUGACAGUAUAGCCUGGGUGAGGUGCUUUGGUUGUCGACUUGUUGAUUAUCGCACGUACCCCAGGUCUUUGCACUGUGUCACG